CCACAGCGCCGCGCGCAGACCCACCGCCGCUCCUGGCCCACGAGCUCUGCCCGCGAACCGGCCUUUACACCACCGAACCGACCGGCCUUUGUUUUGGAUCGGGGGAGCGCGUGUGGUCCGGCUGCGCUCGGCUCGGCUCGGCCUGCUUCGCACAGGAGCCUCUCGCGCAGGCUAAAAACGGCGGACGGGCUCCCGCGGCCGUGAACGCACCGUAACUUGUCCGUGAACUUUGGCUCGGUCCGGGCCCAUGUCCGCUCGGCUGUUGCUGGGACUCGAACGGGGGGCGGUCCGGUUCGUCCGGGGGGCGCGCGCGGCCACCGACGCACUUUGUGGAGUUGCGCUGGUUCCGCGGCGCCUCAUCAUAGACACGUCCUACUCCGCGCACUUCAUGGAUUUCACCGGAUCCUCCAUACCGAGCUCGACCAGGAAGCUGGUCGUGACCAGGCUCAGCCCCAGGUUCCGAGAGGCCGUUUCUGUGCAAACCGUCGCGGUUCCGACGCCGGGAGACGCGGAGCUGCUCGUCAGAAAUCGUUUCGUGGGAAUCAACGCGUCUGACAUUAAUUACGCUGCGGGACGUUAUGACCCCACGGUGAAGCCGCCGUUCGAUGCCGGCUUCGAGGGCAUCGGCGAAGUGGUGGGCGUCGGCCUCAGUGCCAGCGCCCGUUUCACCGUCGGGGACACGGUGGCCUACUUCGGCAGCGGCGCCUUUGCAGAGUACACGGUGGUGCCAACGAAAGUGGCGGUGCGUGUCCCGUCGGUGAAGCCCGAGUUCCUCACCCUGCUGGUCAGUGGCGCCACGGCCUACAUCGCCCUCAAACGCCUGGGAGACCUGACCCAGGGUGAGAACGUCCUGGUCACGGCGGCCGCGGGAGGAACCGGACAGUUCGCUGUGCAGUUCGCCAAAAUGGCGGGGUGUCACGUGAUCGGAACCUGCUCGUCCGACGAGAAGGCAGGCUUCCUCAAGUCCAUUGGGUGCGACAGACCAAUCAACUACAAGACCGAAGACCUGGGCCGGACCCUGAGGGCGGAGUACCCAAAGGGCGUUGACGUGGUCUACGAGUCGGUGGGAGGCGGCAUCCUGGAGCUGGCGCUGAACUGUCUGGCCAAUAAGGGCAGGCUGAUUGUCAUCGGCUUCAUCUCCGGGUACCAGAGCGAGUCGGGGAUCCCGCCCUUCAGAGGCGGGACUCUGCCAGUGAAGCUGCUGCAGAAGUCAGCCAGCGUCAGGGGCUUCUUCCUGCCACACUUCGUCAGCGACUACAGGGAGGCUCUGGGCGCCAUGAUGCAGAUGUUGGCCAAGGGGACACUGGCGUGUGAGGUGGACUGUGGGGAUUUGGCUGAGGGGGGGCGGUUCCAAGGCCUGGAGGCGGUGUUCCGGGCCGUAGACUACAUGUACGCUGGGAAGAACCUGGGGAAGGUGGUGGUGGAGGUGGCCCCGCCCCCUGUCAGCGGCAGCAAACUGUGAUCAAACUCGACUUUAACAGAUUGUAAAUGAAAAAAAUGGAAAACUACGAUGGCGUUUUAGGAACAAGUAAGAAAAUAAAAACACUGUCACUACGAGAAUAUAGUAGUAAAAUAUAGAGAUAAAACUGGCAAUUUUUAUGAGAAUAAAGUUGUAAAAUACAGAGAUAAAACCGCUAAUUUUAUGAAAAUAAAGUCGUAAAAUAUAGAGAUAAAACCGGCAAUUUUUUAUGAGAAUAAAGUCCUAAGAUAUAGAGAUAAAACCGGUAAUUUUAUGAAAAUAAAGUCGUAAAAUAUAGAGAUAAAACCGGCAAUUUUAUGAGAAUAAAGUUGUAAAAUACAGAGGUAAAACCGACAAUUUUUAUGAGACUAAAGUCGUAAAACAUAGAGAUAAAACUGGUAAUUUUUAUGCGAAUAAAGUCGUAAAAUAUAGAGAUAAAACCGGCGAUUUUUAUGAGAAUAAAGUCGUAAAAUAUAGAGAUAAAACUGGUCAUUUUAUGAGAAAUAAGUCGUAAUUUAAAAAAAAAAAAAUCUGAAUUUUUAUGAAAAUAAUGUCUUACUUUUAUGAGAUUAAAGUUGUAAUAUUUCCAGAAUAAAGCCAUAAUUUUACCAGAAAAACGUCGUACCCGCUGGUCUGAUAAUGUAGAACUUGGAACAAUUUGUGAGGUUCAACUUUCUUUUGGGGUUUAUGCACAUGGGCCAAAUACUGAGUCUAUUAGCCCCGCCCACCAUCAACACAUUAGCAUUAGUCGUCCGCUCCAACAGAAGUGAAAGUUGAUGCUUCGUUUGUUGCGUUCGCUGUAACUGGAAACUCUGUCAACAACAAGGAUUCAGGCUGAAGAUUUAUAAAUGAUGACUUUUAAAUUGCACUAUUGAGAAUUUAUUUUCAAAAUAUUGCAACUUUAAUCUCAUAAAAGUACAGCGUUAUUUUCGUUAAAUUAUGAGGUUUCAUAAAAGUACGACUUCAUUCUCAUAAAAUUUGGGGUUUUAUCUCAAUAUUUUCCGACUUUGUUCUCAUAGUGACAGGUGUUCUUAUUUUCUUCCAUGAUCCUAAUGCGCUGUUGUAGAAAAUAAAUCUGUAAAUGUAAUCAGAUGAAGUUCUUUAUUUUUGUGACUGAUUUAAGUUAAUAAAUAAAAGUAUAUUUCCAUCCGUA